GCACAUGACGGCAAAGCUACAGUAGCUCCCCGGGCCCCGGAACCUCAUCGCACCCAACCCGUCUAAGCCCUGCUAUGUGCUUGGCACCACGGAGUCUUUGAUGCAUGGGCAGCAUGGGGCGGCGGGCACCCUAGUAUGUGCUUGCUGGCCGUUCCUGGUCGUCUUGGAGACCCCGGCCCACAGGUUGGUUAAUGGAUCGUCCCAAGUGCUACGAGUACUACGCAGUAAGUAUCCCAUCCUUAGGUGCCCAGUGCCAGCUCUAGCCCCAGUUCCGGCGACUGGUCCCGGCUUCCUGUACCAUGAAAUACCCUGGUCAAAGCCCCCAAGCUGCGGGACCUCGACCCAUGCGUUGAUGGACUUGACAACCAGGCCCCCCCCGCCCCUUUUGGGGCAUGAUAACAGUCCGGCACGGGAGAGCCCUCCCUCUUGCAAGGCCUGCAUGGCAUGGCAAGUACAAGGAAAAAUUACACAGUGUGUGGCUGGUCCAUCAAGGACCCAGCUGCUAGGUCUCCGACAUGCGUACAGGGAUUCGUUUUGUUGGCGGCGGUGCGGGACGACUCCAGGCAUCUUACUUACUACUACAUCACUUGCUUGCUGGUCCCAGUGCUUGGCUUGGUUUCAUUCAUCUUCUACCUCUUGUCACUUUCUCCUUCACUUGCUUUGCACAAGCCUCACCGUUCAAGUUGCCGAGUCCCCUCGUCCACAAUCGUCUCCCGCAAAGCCGUUGGCAAUACCUCGUUUCUUGGUCACCAUCCGCCAGCACCACAGACCUUGCUUUACUCCUUUGCAGCUAGCCCUGUCACCUCUCCAGCUUGAAGCUUCCUCAUCGACAAGGCUCGUUGAGAGCAGACGCCUCCAAGGCCUAUUAUUAAAAAGCGCGAGGCGAGCGGAUUGCUUUGGCUGGUAAUUCACCAAUCCACCUUUGUUUUGGCCCUCCACGCCCACCCGGCCAUUCACAAGGAAGAGACUGGACUUGGGUUGUUUGAUUUGCCGACCACUAUCCUGCUGCGCUCAUCAUCCCCCUGUACACCCCAGGUUGUCUGGCAACC